GUGCUGUGAAUGUUGUGAAGAGUUUGUGAGCAGUGGUGACAACAUUACGUCUGAUGUCAUCAGCCAUUCAUCUGAUCCAUAAGACACCAACUGAUCACUCAUCCAAUCAACGCUUUAUUGCGGUUAUAGUGAGUGAAGAGAUCACAUAAUCAGUGCGAUUACCACAACAAUUGGGAAGACAUGGCCGACAAGAAGCUCAUUGAAGACAUAUUGGUGCUGUUGAGCGAAAGGUGUCGAUUCAAUUCAUUGAGUCUCUCCAUCGAGCUAUCCAUCGAUCACCAGAAGAUUGUGGGCGCCAUCAAGAGUUUGCAGUCGUUGGGAGACAUCAUUAAGAGUGAACAGAAUGAGACCAAACGACUCGAUUUGACUCGAGAGGGACAACAGAUGGUGGAGAAGGGCAGCCACGAGGCCGUCGUCUGGAAGCUCAUCGGCGAGGAAGGUAUGGAUCAGUCGAAGCUCAUGAAGGAGUUCGGUGACCCGUCGGCCGCCAAAGUGGGCUUCAGUAAAGCCAUGUCCCAGAAGUGGAUCGAAAUCGACAAGACAUCCAAAGUUGUCAAACGAAAGGUGGAAGCGAUCGAAGACGAGGUGCAGCUUCUGCUCCAUCGCAUCAGUCGUAUGGACUUGAAUGAGGUGAACGAACAACAGAAACAAGAGCUUAAGAAACGAAAACUAAUACAAGAAGUGAUUGUCAAGAGCUAUGACAUCGAAAAGGGAGUGAAUUUCACUUUGAAUGUCGAGAAACAGGAGACGGAUAUAACGGGAGAAAUGAUAGCAAAGGGCUCGUGGAAAGAGAAACAGUUCAAGGAUUACAACUUCGACGCUAUGGGUAUUCCUCCAGAAAGGGGUCAUUUGCACCCUUUGCUCAAAGUUCGCGAACAGUUUCGGCAAAUCUUUCUGGAGAUGGGUUUCACCGAAAUGCCGACCAAUCGGUUCAUCGAGAGCUCCUUCUGGAACUUUGACGCCCUGUUUGUGCCCCAAAAACAUCCGGCCCGUGACCUCCAGGACACCUUCUACUUGUCUGACCCGCAGACGUGCAACGAUGUGCCCGUCGAUUACAUGGAACGAGUGAAGGCUGUCCACAGCACCGGUGACUUCGGCUCUCAGGGCUAUCAAUACGACUGGAAGAUCGAGGAGACGAAGAAGAAUGUGUUGCGAACGCAUACAACAGCCGUCAGCGCUCGUAUGCUCUACCAGUUGGCCCAACAGUGCAAAGGGCAGGCCUUCAAACCGGCGAAGCUCUUCAGUAUCGAUCGGGUGUUCAGAAAUGAGACGUUAGACGCGACCCAUUUGGCCGAAUUCCAUCAGAUAGAAGGCGUGGUCGCCGAUGUGGGCCUCACUUUAGGCGACCUCAUGGGUCUCAUUAAGGAGUUCUUUCUGAAGGUAGGCGUCAAAAGGCUGCGCUUCAAACCCACGUAUAAUCCAUACACCGAGCCGUCAAUGGAGGUCUACAGCUAUCACGAGAGCCUCAAGAAGUGGGUGGAGAUCGGCAACUCAGGCGUGUUUAGGCCCGAGAUGUUGUUACCCAUGGGUUUACCACCGAAUGUAAACGCUUUGGGAUUUGGUCUGGGCCUCGAGAGGCCCACAAUGAUUAAGUACGGCAUCGAUAAUAUACGCGAUCUUUGCGGUCAUAAAAUCGAUUUGCAAAUGGUUUACGAAAACCCCGUUUGUAUUCUCGAAAAUCAUUGA